AUGGCACCAUUUGAUUUUGAUUCUGAUUACGCCAAUCAUCCUCCCCCCACCGACUCUGAGGCGGAAAUUGAGUCGGUGCCCCUGUAUGUGUCAUCGUCGACUUCCCUCUCUACGAUAGCAACAGGGAGUCGAAACCAUCUGCACUCACGCAGUUCACGGUCAAUUGCCAAUUCUCUUCAUACUCAUACCCAAUCGCGCGACACUCUUAUCGAAAAUGACGAAUUGAUUAACCAGGCGAUUCUCUUUGGAAUCUCCUCUACCGCCACCACAGACCUCAAUAUGCAGAGGAACUCGCUCAAGGAACUUGGACUCAAACGACUCACUCCUAAAGAACAUUUGGCCGUCGCUAUCUGCAGAGAUCUUUCAUUGCUGGUCAUUGUAAAGAACUUCAUUUCUCUGUGGAGAUCAUGGUAUAACAUGGUGAACGAACAGCCUUACCAAGCCAACGUUGUCUCUGUCCGGGCUUCUGAAUUCUUCCUUGCAGGAGUGUGGUGUCUGGUUUCCGGGUUUCUUUCAUAUUCGAUCCUGGAUGGACUAAUGGUCCGCUGGAUCGUCAUGUAUGCGAUUCAAGCAGCAAUAGUGCGAAUGCUGAGCAUGUCCCUGUUGAUCGUUGCUCUUGUGGAAGUGUUAACGUUUAUGUUCAACAAUGUGAAGAACGAGUACUGUUUGCCGGUGUGGAUCCUUAUAAGUUGUGUGAUGACACUGAUCUACAUCAUCCAGAACUUUGUGACCUCCAAUCUACGUCUGGACAGCCAUUUGCAGGACAAGGCUGUGCCGCCGACCCCAGGCAAGGUGCCACGAACAGUCGAUCUAUAUAAUAUCACGGUUUUUGCAGUCGUUCCUAUCGGGUUGGCAAGUUUUGUGACCAUGAUAGGAUUAAUUCGGCUCGUACUGAUUUUGCGGUUGGAAAUGGUGAUGGAACAAGAGCUUUAG